CGCGCAGGGUUAUGGAAUUUUCACUAUUCCAAUUAUAUUAUAAUUUGUUUAUUGAACUUCCUACAUCUUUAAAAUCCUCCCUGUUUCGACAGUUCUGGGCUUCCACGAGCGUUGUUUCGCAACCGUGAGCCGAACUGUAAAGCGGUCUUCUAAAUUUUAUCGAAAGAGGAAUUGAAUUACAAUUUUGCGUUGGAAGGAGGAUUUCCUGUGUCAAUUCCGCCGAUUUUUCAAAUGAUUGAGUUGUUGCGAAGCCAAGUUACAGCUUAAGCAAUGAUUAUGCUACUGUAUAUCCAUCCAGUUGAAACAUAACUUCAAUUUGUAUUACAAAAUGAAGCGAUAUGUAUAUAUCAAUGACAAUGACACUUCUCCAGAUUUUUGUUGUGACAAUAGAGUUUCCAAUAGAAAGUAUACAAUAAUUAACUUCCUUCCAAAGAAUCUAUGGGAGCAGUUCAGUCGGUUUAUGAACAAAUACUUUUUGCUGAUUGCGUGCCUCCAGUUGUGGCCUCUUAUUACACCUGUCAAUCCAGCAAGUACGUGGGGGCCCCUUCUCAUUAUAUUUGCGGUUUCAGCAACAAAAGAAGCCUGGGAUGAUUAUAACAGAUAUCUUUCUGACAAGCAAGCAAAUGAGAAAAAGGUGUGGGUGGUAAAGAAAGGCAUCAAGAAACAUAUUCAAGCUCAAGAGAUCCGCAUUGGUGAUAUAGUAUGGCUUCGUGAAAAUGAUGAAGUGCCAUGCGAUUUGGUUCUUCUGGGAACUUCUGAAUCACAGGGCACAUGUUUUGUAGAAACUGCAGCACUAGACGGUGAAACUGAUUUGAAGACAAGAGUCAUACCUCCUCCUUGUUCUGGUCUCACUCCAGAUCUGUUGCAUAAAAUCAAGGGUGUCAUUGAGUGUCCAGGUCCAGAUAAAGAUAUAAGAAGAUUUGAUGCAAAUCUAAGGCUUUUUCCACCUUUUAUUGAUAAUGAUGUAUGCCCGUUGACUAUCAAUAACACGCUGCUACAAUCCUGUUAUCUGAGGAACACAGAAUGGGCAUGUGGAGUAGCUGUUUACACUGGUAAUGAAACAAAAUUGGGCAUGAGCAGAGGUCUACCAGAACCUAAGCUUACAGCUGUAGAUGCAAUGAUUGACAAGCUGACUGGCGCAAUAUUUUUGUUCCAGUUAGUUGUUGUUGUCAUUCUUGGUGUUGCUGGGAAUGCUUGGAAGGCUUCUGAAGCAUGGAAGAAAUGGUAUGUGCAAUAUCCAAGAAAUGGGCCAUGGUAUGAGUUUAUUGUCAUUCCACUGCGUUUCGAGCUUCUGUGCUCAAUCAUGAUUCCCAUAUCUAUUAAGGUAUCCCUUGAUUUGGUGAAGAGUUUAUAUGCAAAGUUUAUUGAUUGGGACAUGCAAAUGUAUGAUGAAAAUAGUAAUACUCCAGCACAUGCAGCAAAUACAGGAAUAAAUGAAGACUUGGGCCAGGUGGAGUAUAUUUUAACAGAUAAAACAGGAACGCUUACUGAAAAUAUGAUGGUUUUUAGGAGAUGCUGCAUCAAUGGCAUAGGCUAUGGAAAUGAAAGUGGUGAUGCUCUAAAAGACUCUGAAUUGGCUCAAGCUGUUGUAAACAAGGUGCCUGAUGUUGUGAAAUUUCUGACAGUUAUGGCAAUUUGCAAUACAGUUGUCCCUCAUAGAAGUGCUAAUGGUACAGUGAGCUAUAAAUCACAGUCCCAGGAUGAGGAUGCCCUAGUCAAUGCAGCUGCUCGUCUACAUAUGGUCCUUCUCAAGAAAACAGGAAAUUUGCUUGAUGUCAGUUUUAAUGGUUUGAUAUUGCAAUAUGAGAUUCUGGAUGUAUUGGAGUUCACUUCUGAUAGGAAGCGCAUGUCCGUGAUUGUUAGAGAUUGCCAGAGUAGAAAGAUAAUGAUUUUAUCUAAAGGUGCAGAUGAAGCAAUCUUUCCGUGUAUUUCAAGUGGUUACUCACAAAUGGAGGACCAAAGAAAUGAAUGGAGAAAAUAUGGCUGCACCAUUCUUUCCGAUGGGUGGACAGAGGGCAAAAACCACACCAUUAUUAAUUUUUUGGUUGCUUGCAGGGACAAUGUGGUGUUCUUGAAAUCAGUUGAUGCCUCCAAUAAGGUGAAAAAUGCAGAAACAUUGGUUGGAAUGUUGGAGCACAUUGCUAUGGAGGUGGGAGUAGAGAAUGUGGUGCAAAUAAUCACAUAUAAUGCAACAACAUAUGUGGUAGCAGAGCAGCAAGCCAGACCUAUAUUGGAAGCAGUGGAGCAUUACUCACAAUUGGGCUUAAGGACACUAUGUCUGGCUUGGCGUGAGUUAAAGGAAGAUGAAUACAAGGAUUGGUCCAUUAUUUACAAGGAAGCUAACAGUGCUCUGAUUGACAGAGAGUGGAAGGUAGCUGAGGUUUGCCAACAGUUAGAACGUGAUCUUAUACUACUUGGUGCUACAGCUAUUGAAGAUCGUUUGCAGGAUGAUGUUCCAGAUACAAUUGAGACUCUCAGAAAGGCAGGGAUAAACUUUUGGAUGCUUACUGGUGACAAACAGAAUACUGCCAUUCAAAUUGCAUUGUUGUGCAACUUCAUUUCUCCUGAACCAGAAGGGCAACUCUUGGUUAUCCAAGGGAAGAAUCUUGAUGAAGUAUCCAGAAGCCUGGAACGAGUCCUCCUUACCAUGAGAAUAACCAGUAGUGAACAUAAGGAUGUUGCAUUUAUUGUUGAUGGAUGGGCAUUGGAAAUUGUUCUUAAGCAUCAUUAUGAAGCUUUUAGAGAAUUGGCUACACUGUCAAGGACAGCUAUCUGCUGUCGUGUAACUCCAUCACAAAAAGCGCAGCUGGUGGAGCUACUUAAAUCAUGUGACUACAGGACACUGGCCAUUGGAGAUGGUGGUAAUGAUGUGAGGAUGAUCCAGGAGGCACAUAUAGGGGUAGGCAUCAGUGGACGAGAAGGCAUGCAGGCUGCAAGGGCUGCAGAUUUCAGCAUAGGAAAAUUCAAAUUCCUCAAACGUCUAAUACUCAUACAUGGGAGAUAUUCAUACAAUCGAACUGCAUUUUUAUCCCAAUAUUCAUUCUACAAAUCAUUGCUGAUUUGUUUUAUUCAGAUUCUUUUUUCUUUUGUAUCAGGUCUUUCUGGAACCAGUCUUUUCAAUUCUGUAAGUUUGAUGGCAUACAAUGUUUUCUACACAAGUGUUCCAGUACUCAUGAGUGUCCUUGACAAGGACCUAAGUGAAAGAACUGUCUUGCAGCAUCCGCGGAUUCUUUUCUAUUGUCAAGCAGGAAGAUUAUUAAAUCCAAGUACAUUUGCAGGCUGGUUUGGUCGCUCUCUAUUUCAUGCAACCGUUGUAUUCCUAGUCACAAUCCAUGUAUAUUCCAAUGAAAAGAGUGAAUUGGAAGAGCUCUCCAUGGUAGCUCUAUCGGGAUGCAUCUGGCUGCAAGCUUUUGUCAUUGCUCUAGAGACGAACUCUUUCACAAUUUUACAGCAUAUUGCCAUCUGGGGAAACCUCAUUGCAUUUUACCUGAUCAACUUUGUUGUGAGCACUUUACCAUGGGCAGGAAUGUACACAAUAAUGUUCCGUGUAUGUGGUCAACCAGCUUAUUGGUUAACUAUGUUGGUCAUUGUUAUUGCUGGUAUGGGCCCUAUAACUGCUCUUAAGUGCUUCCGUUUUACAUAUCGGUCAAGUGCUAUUAAUAUAUUACAACAACUGGAGCGUUCACAUCUUACUAGUUACUCAAGUCCUAGUCUAGAGUCGCCAUUAAAGGAUGAAGAAAAGGACGUAACUCCUCUCUCGUUAACACAUUCAAAUAGCAACAAAGCAUCCAUGUAUGAGCCUUUACUAUGUGAAUCACCAUCUGCAGCAAAAGUAACUUCAGGAGGAUCUUUUGAUUUCCUCCAGGCAAUUCCGUCAAGGUCAUCUUUUUCUUACUCAAGGAGUAAAAUUAAUUAACAUUCCUCUCGCUUAGCUUCAUAUAAGUUCCAAAUUCUUGAAAAUUCAUACAACUCAUGUCAGCUGACAAAUCUGGUCAACAACACAUGAAUUUCUGUUGGUUACACCAACGCACUUGCUUAUUGAUCCUCUCCAUUGCCCACAUUGUACUCUAUUGGCUGGUUACCGCAAGAAUGUAAAAACAGUUUCAAGAUUAUGAAAUCAUUCAGGAUUAAGCUCAAUGUAUACCAAUGAACAGCCAUUUCAAGUAACGACAGUUGACUUUGCUUUCCUUAUUUAAGGAAGUUGCUUAUAGAAAAAUAUGUAUUCUAUAGUCUGAUUACAAUAUGAGGUUUGAAGUUAUAUGGUCUACUUCUAUUCACAAGUAUUGUUUGAUCGUACAAAGCAACCAUUUUUGUUACGUUUUA